UUGUCGAUUUUCCGUCCGACAACCGUACCUGACUCACGGCCGAAGCUGAGAUCCAGCCGCAUUUGCCGCGUACACUCCGGGAGGAUAUUGCAUUCGAUGGCGCUGCUUGAGACACCAGACUGGUUUAAAGCUGAGCGUGUGAGAUGCCUUACGGAUGCUAGCGUACCGCGAGACCAAGGGAACUGCGUGGUCUACUGGAUGAGCCGGGAUCAGCGGGCCGAGGACAACUGGGCCAUGCUAUACGCGAAGAAUUUAGCUCAGGAGGGUGGCGUGCCGCUGGUGGUGGCUUUCGUCCUCGGGGCGUGGCAGGUUACUGAGCCGAAGACCACGCUUCGGUACGCGGGUUUCAUGCUGAAGGGGCUUGAGGAGACAGAGGGGGAUCUGCGGAAAAAGAAGAUACCCUUCCACCUGUUGCAGGCUGCCGAACCACGAGACGUCGUGCCCGCUUUUGCGAAGGAGCUUGGGGCGUUGGCCAUUGUGACGGACAUGUGUCCCUUACGGGACCCCACACGCCGUGCGCGCGAGGUCGCGGAAGAGCUGAACAAGUCUGGGGACGGCACUCCUCUCUUCCAGGUGGACGCUCACAACGUGGUGCCGGUAUGGGCGACCUCCGACAAACAGGAGACAAUGGCCCGUACGAUCCGUCCCAAGAUCCACGCGCGCCCAGACUUUCUGGGAGCUAUUCCAGAGCUGAGCCCGAACCCACAAGGCACCAAGCUUCCUGCGGCGACGGACUGGAAAGCGGCUCAGACGUCCCUCGACCUCGACCGAUCCGUCCCCGAGAUAUCAUGGCUGAAGCCGGGGGCGAAGGGCGCGAGCGACAACCUCCAAUCCUUCAUCGAAACCCGAAUGAAGGGCUUUGCGGACCUCUCCAACAACCCCAACGAGGACGUGUGCUCGCACAUGUCGCCGUACUUCAACCUCGGGCAGAUGAGCGCGCAGGCGGCAGUGAUGCGAGUUAAGGCUUCCAGGCGGCACCCCGACGGAGUGAAGGCCUUCGUGGAGCAAGGGGUCGUCCGACGAGAGCUCUCCGACAAUUUCUGCUUCUACAACGACAACUACGACAACCUCUCCGGGGCGGCGGGCUGGGCACGUGAGUCGCUCGAAGCCCACGCGAACGAUCAGCGGGAAUGGACAUACUCCGUACAAGAGCUAGAGGAGGCAAAGACCCAUGAGGACCUCUGGAACGCCGCGCAACUCCAGUUGGUGAGGGAUGGCAAGAUGCACAACUUCCUCCGGAUGUACUGGGCCAAGAAAAUCCUAGAAUGGUCUCCGUCCCCCCACGACGCGCUCGAGAGGUGCUUAUUUUUCAAUGACAAGUAUGAGCUAGACGGCAGGGACCCCAACGGUUUCACCGGGUGCGCGUGGUCGGUGAUGGGUAUUCACGACAUGGGAUGGAAAGAGCGGGAGGUGUUCGGCAAGAUUCGAUAUAUGAACUACGCCGGCUGCAAGAGGAAGUUCGACGUGCAGGAGUUCGUGUCGAAAUAUGCCGGGGCGGGCGAGGCUGCCGUAGCCGCGGGAGGCACCGUGGCACCAGCGAAAAGAAAACCCUCUGCCGCGAAGGGUAGGAGCAGCGCCGCAAAGAAGGGAAAGGCAGUCAGUGGGCGGAAGGGGUAGAAAGGCUGAGCAGAACCGCAUGUUAGCAGUUAAGCAGCUCUUCGUUCAAGGUUGUGGCGACGUUUUUGGAAUGAAGGCGUCGUACUCCUUGUACUGUAAUAUAAGCGAUGUUGUUUGAUAUUUAUACUUCUGUGCUUGUAUUUUCCGAGGUGCCAUCAUGUGAGAAAUUCUCGUUCGUGGCAUGGGUGGCGUUACACUUUUCGUUGUUGAUGAACCCGUGUGGCCAUGCGGCAGACCAUGCCCCGAACGACCUGAACCGUCAACG